AUGAAGAAUUAUAAUUCAAGCAGUUCAAGGAACAAAUAUAAGGGUGAGAAUAGCAGCUAUAAUAAUGGUUAUAGUGGUUACAAUUACUAUAACAACUAUUAUUAUAAUAACAAUUUGUCUUAUUACAAAAAAAAAAAUAGUAUAUAUGGAAAAGGUGUGUACUAUAAUGAAUAUACGAAGGAAAAGGAUAAAAAUAAUAAAAACUCAGAUAUAAUUUUACAUAAAAAGUAUGAUGACAAAAAAAAUGAGAUUGAACAAGAAUUAAACGAAAUUGACCAAAUAAAAAAUGAUAGUGUUCUUGAAGAAGUAGAUAAAAUUAAUAACAUCACAUUUGGUAAUGAUGAUAAUUUGGAUUGUGAUUUUUCUUAUAUUAUGAGUAAUAAUUUAAUUGAAAAUGAAAAGAAAAUAUUUAAAUUAAAUAAGUUAGAAAAUAAAAAUCUGAAUUGUUCAGAAUUUUCUAAAUUAGAGGAAAAUAAUGAUAAUUUAUUAGAUGAUAGUAGUACUGAUUUUAUAAAAAUGGGGGAAAAUAAGAGAAAAGAACAUUUUUUAAAAUAUGAGAAUGAAAUAAAUUACAAUGAAAGAAAUAGAAAAAAGGGAACACAAAAUGAUAAUAUUAUUCAUAGUAAUAAUAAAAAUGUGGAAAAAAAAAUGCUUUCCAAAAAUAAUAAAGUAAGUAAAGAAAAUGAUGACCUGUUUCAAUUUGAUAAUAAAGUAUCCAACUUAACGGAGUUUAUAAAUAAAAAUAUAUUUUACUCUAAUGAGAAUGACGAGCUGAAUGAUGGACAGUCGUCAGGAAAUGGAGAUCCAUUUAAUUUUAUGAAUUUUGAUACCACUAAUGAAGGUUUUAAAGAAUUGAGGGAGUUAAAAAAGGAUUAUAGGAAUAAUAAAAAUAUUAUAAACGUUACACACGAAAAUGAGGAAAAUGGAAAAAAUAAUUAUGUGAAAAAAAAAGUAAAUAGUGAGGAAGAGGAUGAAGAAAUAACGGAAAAAAAAGAAAAAAGACUGGAUGAAUGUAAACUGAGUGAAAAUGAAUUUACAAGAAUGCAUUUAUUGAGCAGUUAUGAACAAAUUCAUGACAACAGAACAUAUAAUAAUGAAAAUUACAAAGAUGUGGAUUAUUUUAGCUGUUUAAAAAAAAAAAAUAUGAACAUUACAGGAUAUAAUAAAAGAUGGAAAGAUGAAAGUAAUGAUAUUGAUAGCGAUAAUAUUAAUGAAAAAAGUAGCGGUAGUAAUAACAAUAAUAGGAGUAAAUACAAUAGUAGGAGUACGAGCAAUAAUAAUGAUAGUAACAAUAAUAUCAGUGGUAAUGGUAAAACUUUGUUGGAACAAAAUUAUUCUGAACACGCAAGAAUUUUAACGCUUAACAUGAUGAACAACAUGGAUAAUAUUUUUUCCGCAAGCGGUAUAAAUGAAUUAGUGGAGUCAAAAAAUUUUGUUGCUGAUGAGAAACUCGAUUUGUUAAAUGAAGUUAGAAACGUAUAUAGUGAUAUGAACGAUUUGAAGGGAAUGAAUGACAAGAAUGGUAUGAAUGAUAUGAAGUGCACAAAGCGAAUGAAGGACAAGAAGGCCAUCAACAAUAUGAGGGAGGUGAACGGUGUGAAUAAUGUUGAAGUGUAUGAAGUGAAACACAUGAGAAACCAAAAUGAUAUAAACAGCAUUCUAGAGUCUAGCUAUAUUAAUGGUGGUACUGGCAUUAAUGAAAAUUAUGUGGUUACGUCAAAUAAAUAUCCAAGAAAUAAUGUUAAUAAUUUUAAGCUGAAAGAUAAUGAUAUUAAUGAAACUUUUUUGUUACAUAUUAAUGAAAAAAAGGAUAUACCCUAUAAGAAUAGAGUUAACUAUAAUUUAAAUAAUAGUAAUAAUAAGUAUAAUGAUAUUAGUGAAGGUUUAAAGAACUAUAGGGAAGAAGAAUAUUCAAAUGAAAAUUGUAUAUCCCAAGAGCAUAUGAUAAGAAAAAAUGAAGAAGAAGGAAAAACAAAAUAUUUUGUUUGCAAUAUAAAUAAUGAUGAUAAAGAUACAGAUUUAAGAGAAUUAAAGUAUAACAAAGAAAUAUUACAUGAUGAACAUAUACUAAGUAAUGCUGAUAAUUUUUUAUUAAGAAACCAUUUUGAAGAUGAAAAUUAUUAUAUAAAUUUAAAUAGUAAAUUAAAUAAUUUUACAGAAGAUGAUUUGCUUUAUUUGAAAGACGAAGAAAACAUUAAAUUAAAUGCUGAAGAAGAUAUGAACGUUUUGAAUAUUUUAAAUGAAUAUUACCUAGAUGCUAAAUCAACUGAUUUUAUGUUAAUGGGAAAAAAUAAGGAGAUAUUUGCAGAUGAAGACCAAAAUGUAGAAAGCAAAAAUAACAUACCUGACGGGAUAAGUAAACCACACACGAAUGAUGAUCGUAGUUACGUUAAAAACUAUGGUCAGGGGAAAGAUAGUGGUUAUGACCAUGGGUGUGAUGGAAAAUAUGAUAGUAAUGAGCAUGAAGAUGCUCAUUAUUAUAGCUCUAAACAGGGGGGAAUUGAUAUUCAUAUAGAAACAGUAACGCCCCAUAAGGGAAACAAUGUUUAUGUUAACAGUGGGAAAACGAUUGAUGAUGUACCCAUGAGAGAGAUUCAUGUAAAAGAUGCACGUGUUAGAGGCCCCCGUUUGAGUGAUCCCCAUUUGAGCGAUUCCCGCAUAAGUGAUAAUAACAAAAGUAUUCAGAACGAGGAGGGAAAUAGUACCAAAGCAAGAAACAUCAUGCCUAAUUAUGGGAGUGGAACUAAUAACAUUCGCCUGAGCAAAAAUUUGGACACGAACAAUUUUUCUAAAAAGAAUUAUAUCGGUAUGUAUAAGAACAACAUAAAGGAUAGACCGAGUAGGAGUACACCAAAUGUAUAUAUAGAAAAGCACGAACAGAAAGGAGAGUAUUUUCAUAGGAAUAGUGAAAGAGGAGCAAAUCAAAACGAGCUGCACGCAGGUAAUUAUUGCAUGGCGGCACCUGACGGUAACAAUAACAGUAAUUAUAACAGCAGCGGUAACUACAACAUUAAUGGUAUCAUUAACCAUAACUAUAACUACUUUACCAAUGACAAAACGCAUGCAUACUGUGGGAAGAGUGUAAAUGGAAAUGAUUUCUAUAAAGCAGCAUUUGAAAGAAGUGUAGUGAGCAAUGAGAAUUACGUUACCAAGUUAAGGAAGCAAAACAUGCUUAAGUUGACCAAGUUUUUGAAAACGAGUUAUAUGAAUAUGCAUAUAAAGCAAAUAAAUGAAAAGUUGUACCAUUAUUACAGAUUUAUAAACAAAAUUAGUGCUAAUAUUAAGAAGCACAAAUACCAUAUAAAAUAUAAAAAUAUUAUGCAAAAGAGUGAUAAGGAUAAACUGCUAAGAAUUCAAUUAUCUUAUAUGAUCAUAAAUCCAUGUAUUCAAAAAAAUAGUGGAAAAUGGAAUUUUAAAAAUGAAGAAAAAGGAGAUAAGGAAAACAUAAAUACAUUACUUAAUCAUGAUACUGUGUUGAAUCAUGACUCAUUGUUGAAUAUGAACAAAGGUGAAAAAACAUUAAUUCCACAUUUUGAUAAAAAUAAAAUAUCAAGUCAUACAAUGAAUAAUAGUGAGGCCGUUUUUAAAGACUUGCCUAGCAAUAAAUAUCAGAAAAUUUUGAACAGUUAUAAAAGCGAAAAUGAAGAGGAGCACGUACAAAAUGAUGAUCAUAUGGAAAAUGAUGAACCCAUGCAGAAUAGUGAAACUCUUUUGUUAUUAGAAAAAUUAAAACAAAACUAUUUUCUGAACCAGGAUUUUAGUAUCCUUUAUCCCAGUGGAAAAGAUGAUAAAUUAGAUGCAUUAUUAGAUGAAAGGAAUUUUGAUAUGUCUAAUGAAAAUUUUUUAAAUAUUAAUUUAAAUAAGAUUUUGAACUUUUCCACUUUAUCUGAAGAUAAUCUAAAAGAUCAUGAAAAUGAAGCACUAAGAGGAGGGGAGCCCAAUGAAAGGUAUACGGAAAAUACUUAUGUAGAUGAUAAUGCAAAAAUGUUUCUUCAGAUGUGCAAAAAAAGAGGCAUAAGUGAGGAAAAUAAUCAGGGAGAUGCAUAUAAUGAAGCUGGGGAUAAGAACGAAGAGAGUAGAGAAGAAGAGGAAGAAGCAGGUGAAGGAGGACACAAGGAAGAAAAACAAAAUAUAAAGAAACUUGAUAACAACAACGACGAUGAAACAAAAACUAGAUAUAAAAAUGAUGAUUAUGAAAACAGCUUGUAUAUGGUUAAUGGAGGAGAUAAUAUAUGUAAAUAUGAAAAUAUUAAGAAGUUAGGAAGGUAUGUAUUUGCAACAGUACAUGAACCAAGAAAUUUAAUAACGCUAGUUAAAAUGAAAGAUACUGAAGGAACAGAUGAAAUAAUAGAUAAAAUUAAAUUUAUAAUAAAGAGCGAAGUGGGUGAUGAUAUAGUUGAAGAGGACGAGCAGGAGCUGGGUAUAACUGCGAAUGAAAUUAAUACCAAAAGUUAUCAUCAGCAAAAGGAAAGUAGAUAUUCUCUUGACAAGAGAAGGAACAGCUAUUUAAUAACUUCCAACAUUAACAGUAAUAUGAAGAAUAAUAUGAUAAAAAAGAUUCUAGAGGUAAUAUGGGAUCUGUAUAUAGAUAUAAAAAAUUUGUAUAAAGAUAUUGAUAAAUGCCCUUACACUCAUAUAGGAACUAUAUCUAAAUAUAAUGAGGAUAUAAAAAGAAAGAAAAACACACUGUUUAAUUUUAUCUUUUUAAAUAAAAUAAAUGAUGAUACGCAAAUGGUAUAUUCUUACGCUGAUAACAACAAUAUAUUUUUAAAAAAAAAUAUUACUAAUGUAGAUAUUAUUAUGAACAAAUAUGUGUAUUUAUAUAUAACCAACACAUUAUAUAAUAAUAUAAUAACUAGUACCAAUAUUGACCAUUUUUCCUUUCCCAAUAUUGAAGAUUUAAUAACUAGUCUGACAUUUGAUCAAAAGUUUGUAAGUAGGUGUGUUAGGAGGUCCUAUGAAGGAAUUGCAGGUGGCGGAAAAAAUGGAUUGUGCCAGGGUAAAGGAGAUAAAGUAGAUAGAUGUGAUAUAAGUGAUAACGCUGAUAAAACUGAUAAAGCAGGAAAGAACCACCUGAGCACAGUUAGCAAUGAAAGCAACAUAGGUAACAUAUUUUUGUAUCCCUUCCCCUACGAAAACAACGAGGUUAAAUUGAGCAGUUUUGAUAUAUUUGGUAAGACAAUAAUGUUUAAUUGUAAAUAUAGUUAUUAUAAUUUUGAAAAUUACAAUAAUUAUGACUGUUUUAACAAGAUGAUGGUACCAAAGGAAAAAAAAAAAAAAUCUUUUUUCCUUUUUAAAGAAAAGGAAAAUAGAAAAGGCACAAGUCAAAGUACAGAAGCAGAUAACAUACUAUUAGCAGAUAGUUUAAAAAUCCAUAAUGAUAUAGAAAUAUGUGAAAUGGACAAAAAUCAAAUUAAGAAUGACCUUUGUAGGUUGAGAAGUGUAUACUACUUAUUUGUAAAAAGCAUAUUAAAAAAUAAGGGUGCAUAUAUAUAUAAAAAAAUUUUUAAAAUUAUUAAAAAAAAAAAGAGAAUGUCAUUAAUAUAUACCUUGUUUAGUAAUUAUUUAUUAAUGUUUUAUAUUUUUUCCCAAGUGGAUGAAUGCUUUGAUAGUAAAUUUGAAUAUGAAGAAUUUCUUAAAUUACAGCUGUUACAUAUUAAUACAAAUAUAAAUACAAUUAAUAAGUUAUUGAAAAAUGAAAAGGCACAAAACAAACCUUUAUUACAGCAAGAGCAAAAUUUAAAUAAUCCUCAACAACGACAGAACAUACGAUAUAAAUUGUACAAUGCAAAUGUAUAUACUUCAUUGUAUAUAUAUCUUAUUGACAUAACAUUAUCUUAUUUAUUUACUCCUGACAUAGGAAUAAAGUUUUUUCAAAACAUUCUAUCUCUCAUUUUGUUUUACAAUUAUAUCAAUUUGUAUAUAACGAAAAUUCUUUUUUAUAAGAGCGGAGCGGGGCUGUUAACGAUACUACUGGUGAAAAUAAUUCCGUACGUCAAAGAAUUUGACAGAAAUCUCAUAAUUUGCUUCCUAUACUCAGUGCUGAAUAGCAUGUUUUAUAUUUUAAGUAACAUAUUUUAUUAUCACUUAAAUAAUGAGAAAAAAAACAAAAAAUACAUAGGCAACGAAUCAGAAUUGUAUUCCAAAAUUUUAACGUCUAUGACGAAUGAAAUAGACUUUUAUAAAAUUGUGUACAAAAGUGUGUGUAGUUAUUCACAUCAGGAAAGAUUUUACGAGGAUGAAAUAGCCUACAUGCUGCAAGAUUUAGGAAAAGAUGAUAUUGUAAAGGUCAUAAUGAAUCAUAUAAAAACUUAA